AUGAACACUUUUCCUCUUCUUCGCCCCUGACUUUUCCUGGUUCUCCUUAGAAGUAGGCGGUGCUUCAUACUUCCUCGGUCUUCCUCGUUUUCUUUUAACGGGUUCGGCUUUGGCCUCUAACAGCGUCUCGGAUUCCUGAAUAUCUCUCUCAGCAGUGGUACUCGCGCAUUCGAGUCCCGCCUCUAUCGAAGGGCUGACUGCGUCACCAAUAUGAGCGUCGGUUGACGAUGAGCCCACUACGUCUAUUUCUAGUUCGUCGUCGUCAUCGGAAGAGCGUGCAGCGACGAGAUCAGGUGCGAGUGGAUCAUUUCUGGCCCUACGCGGCGGCAAGUGUCUUUUCUUUACAGGCUCAUCUAAUCCUUGCUCUAGGGCUAGGUACUCGGCAAGCCAUCGAUCCCUAUUUGUUCUUCUUCCACGUUUUUUCUUCACUGGUUCGUCGCUACGGAUUUUGUCCAUUACCGUAUGAAUUGUUGCAUUGAGGGCAUCAUCUACAGCAUCUUCGUAAAAGAUUGGCUCAUUUUCUUGAGUGUUUUCAACCACCACUUCACUUGCAACGUAGUCCAACAUGGCCUCAGUUUGAGACGCUUCAUGUUCUGCCAUAAUUGUUCCCAUGAGUUCCAUUUGGACCUUGUUUCUCUGUUCUUCCGCUUCCGGCGAUUCUAUAGCCAUGGCGAGCCGAGUAGGUUCUAAGAAAACCGCUCGUACUUGUGUCUUUAAUUUGAGGUAAUUGAGAUCCAACAGAAUAUCUGAAUGAAGUUGAAUGUUGAGUCGAUCAUGAACCGUGAACUUCCGAACAAUAUCACCUUCAGGAUAGAGUAUCAUGAAGUCCGUUGAAUUAACAUCGCUAGGGUUAAAAUACACCGAUGCCCUCUUACUCAGAGAAACACGAGAACUCUCGAAUACUCGAUAAGCCGAAGCUGUAGAAAAAGUUGGAGGAAGUGUUAGAUCUAUUGGAAACUGUUCACAAUGCCUCAAUCUAGCUGCUACGUCCACACAUCUUACAUUUAAUAGAUUUGAUGCAAAGGUCGCAGCAACACUUUCAGGCCGUAUGCGAUCUUCAGUAUAUCGGUUGCACCAUUCAUAAUGAUCGUACUUACGGACUGCAUGGCACAAAGAUUCCGUCAUGAUCAUGAUACGUUCAUCCUCAGUCUCGUACGGUUCGAAGUCUGCUCUUUCAUAAACAGAGUCCGGUUGUAGAUAAAUAUUUUUCUUGAUCUUUUUCACGGGGGCUUUCCCUGUACGUGGAUAUUUCCUUACAGAAUUGAAGUUGUUCACAUUCCUUCGCUUUGCUGCCGCGAUUAUAGCGGAUAUCUCCUUAUCUGUCAGAUGGAUUUUCUUGAACAGCUCUUUAACAUCCGGAGCACUCUCACCGUUUCUAAAUUUUUCAGCGAUCUCCUAAACAGAAGGAAAACAGGUUUCGUGGAGAGACUUUGUAGGAGCUCUUUUCAGAAGCAGAAAAGUCAUGAAUCCUACCUCAAUUCCUUUCUCAAUCGUUGCCUUUUCUUCUUCUGUCAGUGUUUUAUUUUGCCAUUUCUCUUCCAAAAACUUGAACGCCCAAAACCAGUCGUUCGUCUUCUUCAGGACUCCAAUCAUUGGCAUUAUAUGCACACUUUUCCAACACAUUACACCACCGCUCUCUACACUGGCCAUCGGAUCGUCCUACGACAGCUUUCGCCACCUUCGCCCAGUCCUUAGCACCGAACCGAGCGACAGCGGUCAUAAGGAGCAAAUCUUCAUGAUCCGUCCAACGCCCGUGGCGAACAUUCUCGUCUAAGGUGCGUUGAUAUCUUGUCCGAACCUGCUGUCGGUGACGCCCAGGCAUGUAGAAAGUCACUUUGUCCCACUGAACAACGCCAUUCACCGUCAUGACUUUCACGAGAGCAAUCAAACGAUCAUCUUCUUCUUUGGUCCAGUCUUUUGAGACUCUAUACAUAUCGCUUCUGUAUUUCUCGAAACAUUGGUAAGGGGAUCGUUGGGUUUGCAACUUCUUGGCAACUGCCGCCCACGAUGUGAACGAUGGAUCUUCUCGGAGCUGCUUGAGCUUUGCCAACUCCUCCUUCGUCCAUGGGCCGCUAUUCCAUCGAGGACACUGCUCAUUUAACCAUUUAUAACGAAGAGCGGCUGCUGACCGAGAUCCUUUGAACUCGACAGUUGAAAUUUUCAGCCAAUCCACACACGAGUAGUCCACAAGAUCGACCUGGGACGAGUCCACCUGACCAUCACGUGAAUGUUUGAUCUUGCGGUCUAACAAUUCUAUUUCAUCCUUCCAAGCCUGAACCUCUUCGGGAUCAGAGUCGACACCGGCGCGCUGGAGUUUAGAUCGUAGUAUGUCCUUCCUAUCCACGAAUUUCUGAAUACCGGCUUGAAUGACAGAGUUCUUAACAGCCUCUCUUAAAAGACGAAGUUCAGCUGGUGACCAUUUCUUAUCUUCUUUUGUUAACGGAUCGAAAGUGGUGUACUGAAGUUUGUGUUUUGCCUCCUCGUUCUGCGGUGGGCACAUCAUAUUCUCGUCCUUGAAAUAGGGAGGAAGGUACUGAAUCACUGGGACUUUGUUUCUCGCAAGAUGAUCUAAUCCACGUUCAUGAUCCAACUUCUUUUCUAGCCAUGCCUUUUUCUCCGCAAGUUGCUUCCGCUUUUUUGCAAUUAUAUCCAACAACUGGUCACAAAACUCCACUUGAGCAUCGACAAGCCCAAGGAGCUCAGCGUACGGAUCCGAAGUGUCUUCAUUGA